UUUUGUAUACGACCGCCGCAUUCAACCUUUCUUCCAUUCUGAUGGGACCACGGGUAGAAACAGAAAGCAGGGAAUACGGAAAACCCUUUUUCUGUAUGUGUGGCCGCACAACCAUGUGGUUCGACUGGUGCAACUGAGUUUGACAGUUUCACCGGUGAACGCACCUCAGUUCGACAGCUUCACGGGUGUACCUUCGAAUUUUCCGUCAUUGAGUGCCUCCUUUGGGAGCGCGACCAGUUCUUAGGCAAGUCGGACAGAUGAUAAAAAUUUUGUCAUUUUUCCUCUCAGCCCUUUGGGUUGAAGACUUUGAUGUGGUUAACAGUUAAUGAAGGACCCACCAUUGUUGUACACCAAAUCUCCCUCCUCUAACGAUAUCCACACUUCCCAUCCAAUCCCAUCUCCCACCUUCAAGCCCUCAACCAUUCAUCCAAUUAUUACAAAUCUUAAAAAUAAAAAAUAAAACAGAAGUUUGCCAAUUCUUUGUCUCUGCAAUGCCAGGAACCAUCAAAGUUUCAGGUACUAAAAGCUAUUUUUCAACUAUAAUUCAAACAUGAAAAGGCGCUGAUGAGCUAAUCUCGCCUAAUCCUAUUUUUAAAAAGUCAGUGAUGUCCAACAUAUGUCAACUUUUUUCUUUUUCUUCACGUUUUGCUGAAUUUGCAGUCCUUGAGUUCAUAGACCUACCUUCUUCCUCAAUAUCCAUCAAGGUUUCUAUGGGACAAAGAGAGUGCCAAGCUUGGGACAAGGGAGACUUCACCUUCGUAUUGACAUCCCUCCGCGACAAUUUGGUUGUUCUUCUUCAAGAUUCUGAGGGUAAUGAGAUAUCACAUGCAGGCGUUGAAGUUAAGUCGAUAGUUGAGAAGGGUCUUUGGGAAGACUUGUUUCCCCUCAAUGAAGGCGGGUUUGUGCGUAUGAAGUUGCAGUUUGUACUCAAUGAAGAAGAGCGCAACAGAAUCCGAAUGAUGAGAGAAUCUGCACUGAAAAAGAAACAAGGGGAGUUGAUCAAUAGUAGUACCAACAGUGUGCAAAGUACUCUAAGUGCUGGGGUGAAUGUUGUUGCAUCAUCUUUGAACCUUCGCGAAGAGAGUGAUGCAGAUAGAAACAAAGAGACUUCAUCAGCCAAUACACUACAUCAGAGUGUUGAGCUCCCAGUAAAUGAAUCGUAUGAAGGGAGAUUAGUGGAGAAGGCUGAGCCAAAACAACUUCCCGCUAAUGUUCCAUCCACAGCCACUUCUGCGGAUACAACUUCAAUAGUAUUAAGAGGCUCACAAUCGGCUGUUGGCGCAACAAAUCAUCCUAAUCUUCAGGAAGAUAGGCCUCGAAACCUCGAGAAGCAGGGUCCGAUCAAGACAACUCCUAUCAGUGUAAAGAAAAUGAUAAGCGCCUUUGAAAGCGGUUCAGCUGAGGAUGUGAGUCCUCGAAUCAAAUCACCACCAAUACAAGUUCGAUCAAAUAAGAUUAAAACAGGAGCUCUUGUGGAAAGCCAGAACUUAGAAGAACACAAGAAUGUGAUAAGUACAGAAACUACACAGUCAAUAUCAAAAGCGAUAGAGGAUCCCUUUCGGUCAGGAGACUUGAAUCUUGAUUUAACAUCUGGUGAAAAAAUCGGGCACCAAAUUAGUUUUGGAGCUUCGGAUGCGAUUAAAUCUUCACAUCCCACUGGGAUAAAGAAUAAAUUCAAACAAUUAGAUGUACACCAAGUAGCUGACAUAAAGAAAGGUAACUUUCCCAAAGAUUUCGUUAGACCAUCAGCAUUUGAAACGGUUCAAGUAUUGGAGAAGAUUCUUGGUAAGCAUAGGCACGAACCUUCUGAUAUGCCGCAUGGAAAGCAACCUUCUGGUGGCAUCAAAGGUAUAGAGGAGAGUCGAGUAAAAGUUUCUUCGACAAAUACUCAAAUCACCGACGUUCAAGGACCUUCAUGUAGUGCUAAUGUAUGUACAUCAGAAGCAAACUUGGAAGAUAGGCACAUUCAAGAAGAUUCCGGUCCCAAUGUAUUAUGCACAUCAGUAGCAAACUGUGAAGAUAGGCACAUUCCCUUUGAGAGCUCCGGUGCCUGGAUUUUUCCAGAUGAAGCGAUACGCUUUUGUGUAACAACUACUGGUAAAAAAAUGAUAGAUUCGCGAGGCCGUUGCAGAGAGAAUCCAAACAUCCAUCAACGAGAGACGAAUUUUUCACUACCAGAAAACGUUGAAGAGCAUAAUGUGGAUAAAAAUGAGGAGAAUCAAAGAAGAAGAUCAAAGGUUGAGAAUUCAUCCGAGGAGGCUGGAACUUUUGGGGGGCCAUUUGGGCAGGCAAUAAAGGUUGCAAUUAUGAUUGGCUUUGGCACACUUGUUCUCCUUACAAGACAAAGAAAAAACAGUUAAACAGAGAAGACAAGAUAAGAUCAUGCAGGAUGAGUAUUUAUUUUAAUUUCCAGUCCCUACCAUUUCUGUAAAACUAUGGCAAAAUGAAUUCAGAUUCCUGUCGGAUUCUCUUUGUAAAGAUUUCGAAGGUUUAUAAAUUGUGUUCUUUUAUCGUA